GGCGUGUGUCCAAAGAUCGCUGAGCGAGGGAUGCGUUGUGGGGCGUAUCCAUGGGCGUACAUGAUGUGGGCCUUCCACACGGCGUGUGGGACUGACAUGGAUCAUUCUGUAGAUGGAUGGACCUCUGAGGUUCAGAUUGAUGCAAGUUUGGGUGCGGAUAUCGAUGAUAACGUGCCCUUGGAAGAAUCCCUGGCACGUUGCAAGGCGCAGGGGUACACGCGAGGCAACUCGCACCUCGACUCAUCGUUAGACCCAACCUUCGUGAAGCACUGCAACAAAAUUCAGUACAUGGAACUCAUCCUCCAUGCCCAAGAAGGAAGCAACCACAACGAUCCACACACUCCAUCUCCAACGUUCCCCGUUCGCAUCUGGCCAAACGAUGCUGCCACAGUCAACGACGACGCGAGUUUUCAAGACUUCUUCCAAAAGCACGUCCUCCACGCCGAGCCGGCGGAAGCAUCCGACGUCCUUUCUCUCCCGCCCGCGUUUCUCGCAACGUGCUUCGAUCCUGCCCUGGGGUCGUCGACGUUGAACAUCCACUCGCCCCCAUGCCAGGACCUCCUACCGUCCUUCCAUGUUCCCACGUGUGUCGCUAACGACUACAUGCAGCGAAUCAACACAUCUCACCCCAUCACCCUUCCAACGCUGUUGCGCACCGAGAGCCCCGUCGCGACCCACUGCCGGUAUGGGUUGAACAUGGCGUUGGUGUCGGUCGAAGGAGCCGGCGGGCUGUCCGUGUCCGUGUCCACCCGCGCGCCGUCCGCCGACGAGUACAUGCUGCCUCUUCGUCAAGACCCCGUCGACACCACUCCCGCUUCCCCUCCAUCAUCCCCAUCAUCUGCCCAGUCUUCGCUCGUCCUCGGGUACGGUCGCGUGCUGUUUAUCCCGAACGGCCAUGCCGCUACGUUUCAAGGCGCGGCACUCCGCUUUUGCUAUACGGACGCGUCAAACUUCAACCGCAUGAAGCAGCAUUUGCGCGUCGAAGCGCUGCUCGACCCCGCCGUCCGCGCAAGGCUCGUGGCCUUCCAGGACACAACCUUCGACUCCUCCAUGAUCCGGCGGGUGUCGCGCGUCCACACGGCGUGGCCAUCCUUCCGCCAGUGGCCUAAACCCCAACACCUGGCCAAAGAAAGCCGCCAUGACGGGUCGACUUCGUCGCUGUCCCGCCGCGAACGGUACAAGCUGUGGCAAGAUGACCGCAAGUGGGAUACGCUCAUCAAGGGCCUCACACUCCCGGUUACACGGCCGCCGCUAGUACUGGACGCUGCCCAGGACAUCCACCGCACAGCGAUAACACUGACGUGGCAAGAUGUGUUUCAAGCACGAAAGGGUGAUAUCACUCGAUAUGGGUACCAAGUGUCAUGGGUACCGGACAAGUCAUCCAUCCAGUCUAUGCCAGCGACCGCCGACAUUGGGAUCCAAAGGCGCAACUUGUCGUCGGCCGAGUUGGUGCGCAGCGCGCUCCCCACCACGGCGUUCGGCGAUGCCUUUGACGGCAAAGCGAUCCAGGGCACGAUCACGGGCCUGCGACCUAACACGUCUUACACGUUUUCACUGCAGUUGUACGUUGGCGACGAUAUUGGGCUGCACAGCGAGCGGUCGGCGAGCAUGCGUACGGCGUCGAUGGGGGUGCCGAGUGUGGUCCGGGGUCAGCCGAUUGUGCUGCAGAACACCCUCCUCGAAGCUCCGAGCUGUGUGUCGUUGUCGUGGCUGCCUCCAGAGGACGACGGGGGCUGCGACAUUGUGGGGUACGUCGUCUCUGCCCGAUACGACCCACGGCCAAAGACUGCUGCCGACUCGUCUGUGGAUGAUGCGAUGACGUGGCACCCGUUCAACACCACGUCGCAGUUUGACGUUGUCCAAUCGGUGGUCGUCUCGACACGGGAACUGACGCUAGAUCCGACAAACGUGACAGGCGCCGUGUGCAACCUCCGCAUGCGACAGACGUACCAGUUUCAAGUGGCCGCCAUGAAUGCGCUGGGCGUGGGGUCGUUCAGCAUGUGGACGCCGCCGCUGCUGCCGUCGCAGGUAUCAACUGCAUCUACGUCCAAGGCCCGACAAGAUGUCGUGCGGGGGGUGGGGGCGCCGCAUUUUCAUCGCGUGUACGACCGCGAGCACCUCGACGACCUCGCGUCGGCUGGUGGUGACGAUGUCGUAGGUCCCGUCAUGCACCUCUCGGACACGCAGCAACUGCUGCAGCCGUACCAGUUGAUAGCGCCUUCGCUAUCCACGGCGGUCCUGCGAUACGACGCAAACGGCAAACUCGUGUGGACGUCGUGGUUUGCACAUGUGUGGCCAGGGCACUUUAGUCCCAAACUGUAUUCGGUUGUAGCGGAACUGGUGGUAGCGAAUCCCAUAUUGGCCGACAAACCGCUGGAAAACAAUGUACGGGAUCGACUGGUCGUGGUGCGUCGAGGCAAAUUGCCCCUCUUCAACAAAGUGUACCAUGCUCAAGCGGCGGGCGCGCUGGGGGUGAUCAUUCUGGACGAAAUCUGCGACGACUUUGACCACCAUUGCAGUGCCGGGAGUAACCUCGCCUUUGGCGAAGGCUUUGGAGCCCAGGACGAUGCAGCCGUGUGGGCCGCCAUUCGCAUUCCGCAUGUGCUGCUGCGACGCGGAGAUGCCGCCGACCUCGUCGCACGCCUUCCAGUAGCCUCCCAAUCGCUGUUAACCGACGAAUCCAUUUAGAACGACCUGUCGUUAGCCAUCACGAAGGACAUCAUAUGUGUGUCCCUUUGCACGGCCAAUGUAUCCACAGAAUAACAUAUUAGCAACGAACUUGUCCUAGGCAUUUUGCCGGAAUAGAUUGAAAAAAGUGUCAUGAAUUAC